CAACCCUGGGCCGAGGCCUGCCCACUAACCGCUCCUCUGGGGCAGCUCGUACAGCCGAGUGGCGGCGGCGGCUCUGGCCGGGGAAGAGUGGCAGGGAGCCCGUCCCCGCCUCGUCCUCCCGCUCCGCCCCAUCCUCUCCUUGGAGCCCACCCGAGCCUGGCCAGGACAAGGCGGAGGAGCGGUGGUUCCCUCCAGUUCCCGUUCGCGGACCCCGAGCCGCAGUGCCCGCCCUGCCCUCCAGCGGCUGCUGCCUCUCCAGAUCCGCGACCCUAGCCCCUGGAUCCCCGCAAGGCUGACCACCGCGCUCCCGAGCCACAGGAGUCCAAGUCCUGCCUGUCAACUUGGUCAGCAAUGAAAGGCGGGAACCUGGACGGUGGCUCUGAAUCCUGAUUGCCUGGCUGUCAGGGAGACACAUGUGGUCAAAGAUGAAUUUGAGAAAAGUAGCUGCCGGCUACUUGAACUAUGGAAAAGCAGGGCCAUCAUGAGAUGGAAGCCAUCCCAUCGGGUUGUCACUCCCACAUUAAACUGCUGAAGGUCAGCAGGGAACACCUGGUUGCCAACAUCCGAAACACUCAGUGUCUGGUGGACAACUUGCUGAAGAAUGACUACUUCUCAGCUGAGGAUGCAGAGAUCGUGUGUGCUUGUCCCACACAGCCUGACAAGGUCCGAAAAAUUCUUGACCUGGUGCAGAGCAAAGGUGAGGAGGUGUCUGAGUUCUUCCUCUACGUGCUACAACAACUCGAGGACGCUUACGUGGACCUCAGGCUGUGGCUAGCAGAGAUCGGCUUCUCCCCUUCCCAGCUCAUUCGGAGCAAAACUAUCAUCAAUACUGACCCAGUGAGCAGGUACACCCAGCAACUGCGACACCAACUGGGCCGCGACUCCAAAUUCAUGAUGUGCUAUGCCCAAAAGGAGGACCUGCUGCUGGAGGAGACCUACAUGGACACACUCAUGGAGCUGGUAGGCUUCAACAACGAAAACCUGGGCAGCCUGGGAGGCCUGGACUGCCUGCUGGACCACAGCACCGGCAUCCUCAACGAGCAUGGCGAGACUGUCUUCGUGUUUGGGGACGCGGGAGUGGGCAAGUCCAUGCUGCUGCAGCGACUGCAGAGCCUCUGGGCAUCCGGCAGGCUGGCCUCGGCAGCCAAGUUCUUUUUCCACUUCCGCUGCCGCAUGUUCAGCUGCUUCAAGGAGAGCGACACGCUGAGUCUGCAGGACCUGCUCUUCAAGCACUUCUGCUACCCUGAGCAGGACCCCGAGGAGGUGUUCUCCUUCCUGCUGCGCUUUCCCCACACAGCGCUCUUUACUUUCGAUGGCCUGGAUGAGCUGCACUCGGACUUCGACCUGAGCCGCGUGCCGGACAGCUGCUGCCCCUGGGAGCCGGCACACCCGCUGGUCCUACUGGCCAACCUCCUAAGCGGGAGGCUGCUCAAGGGCGCCGGCAAGCUACUCACUGCCCGCACAGGGGUAGAAGUCCCCCGCCAGCUUCUGCGCAAAAAGGUGCUGCUCCGGGGCUUCUCCCCGGGCCACUUGCGUGCCUAUGCCCGCAGGAUGUUCCCCGAGCGCACUGCUCAUGAGCAUCUGCUGCAGCAGCUGGAUGCCAAUCCCAACCUCUGCAGCCUGUGUGCGGUGCCGCUCUUCUGCUGGAUCAUCUUCCGCUGCUUCCAGCAUUUCCACACGGCAUUCGAGGGCUCCUCGCAGCUGCCGGACUGCGCCGUGACCCUGACCGAUGUCUUCCUGCUGGUCACUGAGGUGCAUCUGAACAGGACGCAGCCCAGCAGCCUGGUGCAGCGCAACACGCGCAGCCCAGCGGAGACGCUGCGUGCAGGCUGGCGCACGCUGCAUGCACUGGGCCAGGUGGCGCACCGAGGCACCGACAGGAGCCUCUUUGUGUUUGGUCAGGAGGAGGUGCAGGCUUCGAAGCUGCAGGAGGGGGAUCUGCAGCUGGGCUUCCUGCGCGCUCUGCCCGAUGUGGGCCCAGAGCAGGGCCAGCAGUCCUAUGAGUUUUUCCAUCUCACACUCCAGUCCUUCUUUACCGCCUUCUUCCUGGUGGCAGAUGACAAAGUGGGCACCAGAGAGUUGCUGAGGUUCUUUCGAGAGUGGACGUCUCCCGGGGAGACACCAAGCACAUCCUGCUAUCCUUCCUUCUUCUCCUUCCAAUGCCUGGGUGGCGGUAGCCGGUUGGGCCCUGAUCCUUUCAGGAACAAGGAUCACUUCCAGUUCACCAACCUCUUUCUGUGCGGGCUGCUGGCCAAGGCCAGACAGAAACUCCUUCAGCAGCUGGUGCCGAAGGCUACCCUGAGGAGGAAGCGCAAGGCCCUGUGGGCUCACCUGUUCGCCAGCCUGCGCUCCUACCUGAAGAGUCUGCCCCGAGUCCAGAGCGGAGGCUUUAGUCAGGUACAUGCUAUGCCCACGUUCCUGUGGAUGCUGCGCUGCAUCUACGAGACACAGAGCCAGAAGGUGGGGCGCCUAGCCGCCAAGGGCAUCAGUGCUAACUACCUCAAGCUGGCCUUCUGCAACGCUUGCUCUGCCGACUGCAGCGCCCUGUCCUUCGUCCUGCACCAUUUCCACAGGCAGCUGGCCCUGGAUCUGGACAACAACAACCUCAAUGACUAUGGAGUGCAGGAGCUGCAGCCUUGCUUCAGCCGCCUCACGGUCAUCAGACUCAGCGUCAAUCAGAUCACUGACACCGGGGUGAAGGUGUUGUGUGAAGAACUGACCAAGUACAAAAUCGUGACAUUCCUGGGUUUAUACAACAACCAGAUCACUGAUAUCGGAGCCAGGUAUGUGGCCCAAAUCCUGGAUGAAUGCAGAGGCCUCACACACCUUAAACUGGGAAAAAACAGAAUAACAAGCGAGGGGGGGAAGUGUGUGGCUCUGGCUGUGAAGAACAGCACCUCCAUUGUUGAUGUCGGGAUGUGGGGCAAUCAGAUUGGGGAUGAAGGGGCAAAGGCCUUCGCCGAGGCAUUGAGGGACCACUCCAGCCUGACCAACCUCAGUCUUGCAUUCAACGGCAUCUCGCCAGAGGGAGGGAAGAGCCUUGCACAGGCCCUGAAGCAGAACACCACACUGACAAUAUUCUGGCUGACCAAAAAUGAGCUUAAUGAUGAGGCGGCAGAGUGCUUCGCUGAGAUGCUGAAAGUCAACCAGACGCUGAAGCAUUUAUGGCUUAUUCAGAAUCGUAUCACGGCCAAGGGGACAGCCCAGCUGGCUGAAGCACUGCAGAAGAACUCCGCCAUAACAGAGAUUUGUCUCAAUGGAAACUUAAUUAAGCCGGAGGAGGCCAAAGCCUUUGAAAAUGAGAAGCGGAUCAUCUGUUUCUGAUGGCCAUCCCUGUGCUGAAUCUUUGCUCCUCAGUCACAGGCAGCACUGUGCAGCCAGCAGGGACACAGGGCGCUGGGCCUGCAGCAAGGGGACUGUCAGGAGCCCUCCCCGGAAGAUGCCCCCUGAGCCGUGGCUGGGACUCUGCAGGAGUAGAGUAUCUUAGGAGCCACCAUCACCACUCAAAAACCAGCAAGGCAUUUUCUGUAUGACGAGCUGUCCCUGGGUAUACACAAUGAUGUCUGAAGAUGAAGGAAUGAGAAGCAGACGGGGCCAACCUCAGCUCCCACGGAUGCCCACCUGAAGGACUCAUGGGGACCGACGUCACCUUCAGGAAAGAGCUGGGAAUUUGGGCAGAUCUGAUGGCAAGUUUUCCGAAAGAAGGCACCUGGAGACCACACAAUUAUCUUGAAACCUCCUUCCUCUCCUCAGUACAUCUGUUUCUUCCUCACAGCCGUGGUUACUGAAGUAGGCCCACUGUGGAGAGGGCUUAUCACAGACUUUGGUUUCAAUUCUGGAUUCUCCCUGGCUUCAAAUGAGAGUCACAGGACACCCUCCAAGUCAGUCUCUGAGGAACUCUAUGCCUUAAGAGUACUGAGGUCCCACCCAGAGUUUUUACCUGUCUCUACCUGCCCCAGGAGGGAGUUCCCAUCCUCCACAGCAGCAUGGUUUGCCUCAGUGGUCUGAGGUCCUAAGCAGAGCUCUCCCUUGCCUGUGAGCAGGAAGUAUCUCCAUGCCCUCAGCAGUUGGAGGGUGACUGAGCACAGCCAAGAUUGAUAGCUCGACCAGCAAAGCAUGGCAGGUGCCCACCACCGUGGUGGGCCAGAUGGGCGGAGAUGUUGCCAGUAACAUGCUCUUUUGCCACCUCAUUUGUUAAUAAAAAUAUUGAAAAUGC